UAUUAUUAUCGUGUUCCGUACGUUCUACACUCAUAGAAAGUCAGCUUCAGUUUUCGUAAAAUAAUCGUGUGGUGGACUUUCUUCUGGAAGCAACAACACUAAAAUCUUGCGGUUUUCCGCUACAGAAAUUUCGCAUUGUUGGCAGGAAAGUGAGAAAGACUACGGCAGGACAUCGGGUUAGUUCGGAUUGCCAAUUAUUAAUUUGCUGCAUACAGUAACAAGCGUCCAAGUACGUUCAACAGAGAAGCUUGUUCGGUUAUCCAGUUUACCAUGGCYAUUGCUAUGUUCUAUCACUGGAUCUUGGUGGGAUGCUUUAUUUUUCCAUUUACUAAAGCAGAUCUUUAUUGUCGCGACCUUGCUCUUGGCAUGCAGAACAGAGUCAUACCAGCUGACAAGAUAACAGCAUCUUCAGGGACAGCAGGUGACCAGGCCAGACUAAACUACACUAAUGGACCAUCGUGGUGUGCUAWGGGAAAUGACACUAGCCCUUAUCUACAGAUUGACUUAGGGACCCCCCACAUCAUCUGUGCUGUGUCAACACAGGGUGACCACCAGACAAAAGAAUGGGUCAGGACUUUCAAACUGAGUUAUUCACGAGAUGGGCAAACUUACUUGUCUUACAAGGGAUACAUGGGGCCUGAGUUUCAGACAUUUUAUGGUAAUGUGGAUAAUUCAGGGAUCGUCAAGCAGAUUCUUUAUCAAGGAAUCACUGCCAGAUAUMUACGUAUCGUACCCAUAAUGCACCACGGGGCUGUUUGUAUGAAAGCUGAGUUAUAUGGAGUACAAAUACAGUCAGAGAACAUAGCACUGCACAAACCAGCAGUGCAAUCCAGUAUUUCACAUAAUGGACAAGCUUCAAGGGCCGUUGAUGGAAAUCGUAACGGUGCAUGGUCAGCUGGUACUUGUAUGCAUUCUGACUAUAAAGGACGCAUGGAAUGGUGGCGAGUUGACCUAGGAGCUGGAAUACUAGUGUCAGAAGUGUCUAUCUUCACAAGAACCCAUCCAAGAUGGGGGCUUUAUUUGUGGGAUAGUCUAUUUGAACUAAGAAUCGGUUACAGCACUUCCACUCCUGAGUCUAAUCCAAGAUGUGGUGUUCAGUAUGGAAUACUGCCGGACACAAGGAGUAUUACUAUAGUGUGCGAUCCACCUAUGUAUGGAAGAUAUCUCACUAUAAGACAGGUGCAGCUUAAGGGUGCACUUUCAUUUUGUGAAAUAGAAGUUUAUUCCAAAGCUUCUAGUCGUCUUAAAAUAGCUUCCUCUACGAAAAUACGAAAUACCAUUUGGUCAGCAAGCUCUAUCCAUAGCAACAUGAGAUCUGCAAAUGAAGCAAGACUCCUUGGUAACAGUUCCUGGAGACCACGUGACGAUGAUACCAACCCAUGGUUACAAAUAGACCUUGGAGAGAUUUACUACGUGUGCGCUGUGGCUACACAAGGUGACCCGAACAGUGACGAGAGGACAAAACUAUACAAAUUGAAAUGGACCUUGGAUGGUGUUACAUGGGACUUUGUAAGAAACGAAACUUCGUACAAAGUUAUGAUAUACACAGGGAAYAGAGAUCGUUCUAGCAUAGUGAAGCAUAUUUUUUCGGUUUCUGAUAGAGGGCCUAUCUUGACGAGAAUGCUGCGGGUCUAUCCGUUCGAAAACAACAUUAAGGCAGCAUUAAGAGUGGAUAUAUAUGGACUUCCUUCUGCUUCGAAUCUGGACAUCACUAUAACAAGUAUCCGAGCUUCUUCCUCACGAAGUAUAGUCUUAACUUGGGAUGGAAUCUUUGCUGGUCUGAAGAGCAAAGUAAAAUUCCUCAAAGUCAAGCUGCAGUCAGAAAAAGGAGAAAGACUAACAAGAAUAUGCGAGUCAUCCAAUGGAACUGUCGCUAUAGAUUAUUUACAGAAGUGGACCGUUUAUAAGGUGACAGUWAAACCCUUCACUCUUACCACAACUGGUCCUCAAAGUCCUCCAAAAACUGUUCGAACAUUUGAAGAUGCCCCAGGUGCACCUCCUACGAAUUUCACGGUUACGAUGAUCAACUCAACGAGUGUCAAUAUGUCAUGGGAAUUACCCGCAUCUGAAUCUAGGAACGGGAUGAUUCGAGGUUUCAAGAUAUUCUACCAGAACAUAAAAGACCUAGAUCCUGCUAAAGUAUUGGACGUUAAAGRCAACACUACACUUAGUUCUAUACUGACACUAGAAAGAUUUGGAGAGUUGUCGUUCAGUAUACUGGCAUACACUGUUAGUAAUGGACCGAGGAGUAUCGUCAUGAUAAUAACAAUGGAUGACGCAAAAGUGCUAUCACCCAUCCAGAGCAAGCAGUAUGGGUCUUCAAGAUCGGUAUCGGCAGCAGGUACAGUACCGAUAGCCAUUCUAUGUGUUAUUGUCGUAUUGCUGGUAUUACUGGUCACUGUAAUGGGAUGGAAAUUGUGCAAAAAGCGCCAAACCUCAAAGGGAAGAGAAUCCUUCAACACGCCAAGCAGGUCUAUGAAAGUUCUACAGAAAGCUGUUCCAGAWUACGAGCCAUUCUAUGAUGAAGACCCCACGACCAAUCCAUCAAGUCAGUGACAAAAGUCGCAAAGCUUCUUCUACAAAGCAAGAUUACAUUUGCAGCCUUCAUAUGGUUCUGUAGGAAAUCUGUGGUAGUAAAUAGAAGUAGAGGAUGGAUGGAUGGAUGGAUGGAUGAAUGGAUUUUAUUUUAUGUGAUGCUUAAAGACCGUGAAACCAUGAAUAGUACGUUGGUUGUAAUACUUAAAGUCCAUUAUAUUAUGUAAAACGAUUGURUCUAACAUGGAUGCCGUCACGUGAUGGUKUGGUAAAACCUAUACACUUAUUUCAAUAAAGUUA